AACCCCCAGCCCAGGCUCAGAAAAGGGUCACAGCAAAGCUGGUGACUAAAGUGGAGCUCACAGGCUGCAAGUCUGGGGGACACAUAGGAUAAAGCUUGAGGCUCACAUCAACCUGGAGAUUAGGGGAACCCCUGCCCACCUUCUCCUGGGUAAGCAGGACAGGCAGCCCUAGCACCCGGCUGCCCCAGGAGCAGAAACCAGGCCCACCCAUGGGCGGAGGAGGUGCUGGGCUUUCACACUGGCAUCUCCCUUCCUUCAGAGCCAGUUAAACUUUGUUUAAGAAAAUGAUUGCUAGGUUGUCUUCCAGUGUGGACCCUGGUCACACUUUAAUCCUCCCCAACCCCAAUUCAGCUGUUGCCGAAGGUCAGGCCAGCUGCAGCUGGGAGAGGGUCCCAGCACAGGCUCAGGUGUCAGCUGGAACCGUCCUUCGCUGGGCAGAUGCUCUGUGAAGCUGGUGGCACCUGACGUGCUCCCAGCUGUCCAGCUGAGGAAGACAGCGUGGGCGCCACAGUAGGAGAAACAGGCUUGUAGCGUCGGCCCUGUGACCCUGAGCUGGCCUCUGUGAAGUGGGCCCUCCUCGGCCCCCAGAAGGCCCCAUGGCAUUUCCUGAGCUCUUGGACCAAGUUGGCAGCCUGGGCAGGUUCCAGUUUCUCCAGACGGUGGCUCUGGUGGUCCCUAUCUUGUAUGUCACCACCCACACCAUGCUGGAAAACUUCUCCGCCGCUGUGCCCAGCCACCGCUGUUGGGUGCCUCUCUUGGACAAUAGCACCAUCCAGGACAGUGUCCCUGGGACCCUGGACCCUGAGGCCCUCCUGGCUGUAUCCAUCCCACAGGGCCCCAACCAGCGGCCCCACCCAUGCCGCCGCUUCCGCCAGCCGCAGUGGCAGCUCCUGGACCCCAAUGCCACAGCCACCAACUGGAGUGAGGCUGCCACGGAGCCAUGUGUGGAUGGCUGGGUGUACGACCACAGCACUUUCACCGCCACUGUGGUGACCAAGUGGGACCUGGUGUGUGACUCUCAGGCCCUGAAGCCCAUGGCCCAAUCCAUUUUCCUGGCUGGGAUUCUGGUGGGUGCUGUGGUGUGCGGCCGCAUCUCGGACAGGUAUGGGCGCAGGACGGUGCUGACCUGGAGCUACCUUCAGAUAGCCGUGUCGGGCACUGUGGCUGCCUUCACCCCCGCCUUCUCACUCUACUGCCUCUUCCGCUUCCUGGCAGCCUUCGCGGUAGCAGCUGUCAUGAUGAACACGACCAGUCUUUUGAUGGAGUGGACGUCAGCGCGGGCCCGUGUCUUGAUGAUGACCUUGAACUCUCUGGGCUUCAGCUUCGGCCAAAUCCUGAUGGCCGCCGUGGCCUAUGGCCUGCGUCACUGGGCGCAGCUGCAGCUGGCCCUCUCUGCCCCUUUCUUCCUCUGCUUUGCCUAUUCGUGGUGGCUGCCAGAGUCGGCGCAGUGGCUGCUAACCAUGGGCAAAUUGGACCAAGGCCUGCGGGAGCUGCAGAGGGUGGCCUCCAUUAACCGGAAGAGGACAACAGGGGACACCCUGACCAGGGAGGGCUUGCUCUCAGCCGUGCAGGAGUUGAGUGGGGCUCAGGAUUCCACCACCCUGGGUGCCCUGCUCCACAUGCCUGGCCUGCGCCUCCGGACCUGGAUCUCCAUGCUGUGCUGGUUCGCCUUUGGCUUCACCUUCUAUGGCCUGGUCCUGGACCUCCAGGCCCUGGGCAGCAGCAACAUCUUCCUGCUGCAGGUGCUCGUCGGGGUUGUGGACAUCCCUGCCAAGAUGGGCACCCAGCUGCUGCUGGGCCGCCUGGGCCGCCGCCCCACACAGGCCGGCUCCCUGGUGCUAUCCGGGCUCUGCAUCUUGGCCAACACACUGGUGCCAUACGAGAUGGGGUCACUACGGUCAGCCCUGCCUGUUCUGGGGUUGGGGUCGCUGGGGGCUACCUUCACCUGUGUCACAGUCUACAGUGGUGAGCUCUUCCCCACUGUGCUCAGGAUGACAGCUGUGGGCCUGGGUCAGAUGGCUGCCCGUUUGGGAGCCAUCCUGGGCCCUCUGGUCCAACUGCUGAGCAUCCACAGCCCCUGGCUGCCCCUGCUGGUAUAUGGGGCAGUGCCAGUGCUAGGUGGCUUGGCUGCACUGCUGCUGCCCGAGACCCAGAACUUGCCACUGCCCGACACCCUCCAAGACGUGCAGAACCAGGCAGUAAAGAAAGCAACACACAGCACACCAGCACCCUCCGUCCUGACAUCCACACGACUCUAGCCUCCUGCGAGGCCACAACGCACAAUGUGCUGCGGAAGAAGAGGAAGUAGCUUCUGGAGGCAAUGGAGGUGCUUAAGGAAGGAAGGCUUCUAGUUCCAGGGUCCCAGGGCUGCCCUCCCUGGUACCGCUCACUGUCAGGAGCCCCCUCCAGCACAGAAAGGCCAAAGGACCCUUGAUUGGCAGGGAUCUGCCCUGUCCACUCACCACCCUGGCACCCCCAACCUCCAUGGCUGCCAGGUCAGGGAAUGCCUUUUACUGCUCGCCUCCCACUGCCCACUGGGCCCAGGGCUCAGAGCUGACUGCCACCUCUCCUAGCUCAGCACCAGCAACAAAGUCUUGACCCCUCAGUGUCACCCCUGGCCUGUGGCAGCCUGGCCCAGCCACUUUGGCUCAUGGCCACCCUCAGCACACUCCUGCCAUGUGCUUGGCCACACGCCCUGCCUGCGGUUCCUCCCCACCUCCACAGUGACACUCAGGGUCUGCCCAAGACCCAGUGACUCCCUGACCCAUGGUCACAGCUGCACGCUUGUCUUUGCCCUCCCACCUGCCAAUGAGUUCCCGGAGGGCCAGGUGGCUGCAUUCACAUGAAGGAUGGAAUAAAGAGUGACGAAUGGGACAAAGCACACUGU